CAAGGUAUCCGGGUCGACGAGCUAGUGUCAGUUAGUCUAAAUAUCACAAACAACACUCACUGACUUUCAUAAGUCUCCAAGUUAUUCUAUUUAUUUAUUUUUUAUAUUAUCAAAAAAUACAAACUACUAUUUGUCUCGAAAACAAUAAACAAUUGUAUCAAUUAAAACAAAAAAAAUAACAAGUGUUGAAAAAAAAAAAUCUUACUCUAUUUUUGUUUGAGUAUUGGAAAAUUUCGAAUCGAAAAAUUAACACAGUAUUCUGUGUAUGACAUAAAAUUAACAAUAUGUGAAUUAUUUUUAAAUAAGUGUUAAUUUAAAAAUAGAAAAGUAAAAAAAAAAAAUUAAAAAUGAAUACAAAAAUGUCCUUGACAUUUAAAUCACCAGUUAUGGAUGAUGAGGAUAAAAAUCUAAUGACUGGUAGUCUGGAAGACAGAAAAGAGGCAUUUAAAAAAGAUGAAGAGCUUAUGAGAGAAACAACAAAAUUUGUCACUGAUGUCAUUGAAACAGCAACUUCUGAAGCAUCUAAAAAAAAGCUCGAAGCUCAGGAUGGUGACACUAAUGAAGGUAGUAGAUUAAAGGGUGGUAAUAUCAUCAAUGGCUGGAACAAUCGAGCUCGUGGUUUCUGCAAUCGGAUAUUAAAUGCUCUUUGUCCAUGUUUCACCAACAAUGAAUUGUUUGCCUGGACACCCUACAAAUACAGCUUCACGAGACCUUAACAUGCUCAUCUUGGAGUAACAACAAUAACUGAUGAUUGUCAUCAUGAUUAUAUUUUUUUUCUCAAGAUUUCCAUGAAAUUUAUAUUAUCCAUUUAAUUAUUUAAAUAAUAAAUCAACUGAUAAUUAAUCAUCAUAUCAUUUACAAUAAAAAUUAUCAAAAUUUCGUACCUUGAAAUAUUUUUUACAACGACCAAAAAUUAUAUACAAUAUCAUAAUUUUAUUUAAAAUUUUAAUAAAUAUAUCAAGCUGCGAAAUAUUGAAUAAAUCAACAAAAAUAUUUAAGCAAUCUUUCUAAAUAAUAUAUAAAAAUAAAUAAUUUAUUUGUGUAUAAAUGUAUAGAAUAAAAUAAUUAAACUAUUUAUUAUUUAAAUAACAAAAAGGUACAUUUAAAAGUAUUUUAAAAUUAAAUUAUUAUUGUUUUAUUUAAUAAUAAAUGUACUAUGAUAUUUAGAAAAUAUUUACACAAAAAAAUUCUGUUAGUUUAAAAGAGAAAAUCAAUAAUUAGAGUGUACUUAAAGCUUAUUUUCACACCAACUGGUAUAUGGGAAAAUGUAACUAGCCCAUGUCAGCCUCAUGACCUAAUUGAAAAAUAAAAAUUUUUGUUUUUUGAUUAAUUGAAUAAAUAAGAAUAAUUGUUGUUACCCUCAAGGCAAAUCAAUAUUUUAUAUUUAAAUUCACUUUACAUUUUAAAAAAAAAUCAACAACAGUAUCUUUAUCAAAUAAAUGAAAAAAUAUUUCAAAAAAGCUUUAGUCCAUGUAUGAAUUUUUCAUGAAUGAUGGGCAAUAUGAUUUGUGUGUAAAUAUUGUAUGUAUACUCGUAAAUAAUAUAAUUUAAAAAUGAAAAAAAAAAUUGUCUCAAAAAAACGUCGAUUAUCAUGAAUACGAUGGGAACAAAAAAAAAUAAUAAAAGUAAAAAAUAUAUCGCGAAAAAAAACGUGACAAUCAAUUAUGG